GCGAGAGCGGCUUGCGCUAGCCGCCCCGAUACUUAAAACUGGUAAUGCGCGCGGCACGUAGGAGGCAUCCAACUUGCUGAAUGAGAUACUGCUGAAACAGGAGAAACACGAAGGGAGACGGAGGACAAACUGUUUUCACUGAUACUUUUUUUUAAUAUUUGGACAUACCCGACUCUUUUGGCGUGCCUCUGAUUCUCCAGUAAGCCGACUUUUCUCCACUCAGGAAUGUAACAACGACACAACUACACCAGACUCCAUCAUUUAUCAGGGUAGUUGUUGCACUUCAAUUCUUUCUGCAAACUUGUGAAAACUGUGAGGGGAAACUGGCACAUCGCCGCGCGCUGCUGCGCUCUCUCUGGAGAUUUAUAUUUAAAGCCUCGCGCUCCGUGGAGGGUUGAGCAUCUGGGUAACCUAGAUUUAAGCAUUCCAAUAUAUUUGUUUUGUAAUUACUUGUCAACAUUUUAUAACGUUUAUUAAAAUCUCAAAUUGAAUGUUAACUUUAUUUAAUGCUGUAACUGAAUAAUUAUUAUCCAAAUCAUUUAAUAGAAGCACAAUAUUGCGCAUAUUUUUCAUAUUGGCAUUUAAUCAAUCGCUCACUUUAGAUGUGAUCACUCAUAUUUUUGCAGUGGUCUUUUGUUUUAGCUGUCCCCCUCUCACAUUUCAUUUUCAACCUGUCUUAUGUAACAACAUUCUGAAGUUGAUUAUUUAACGACAGACACGCAAAUAAUAAUUAAUGGGAAUCGUAAAUUAAAAUGUAUAACAAUUAUUCGGAUGUUUAUUUUAUUUUUUAUUAAGUUGCAUGUUACUCAGAUGUGGCUUAAUUCAAUCUUUUGAGAUGCAAACUAAUAAAUUCACAACACCCAACGAGAUGUGACAUACGAUGACUGACAGAAUCUUUAGUACCGUUAGCAAUGUAUUCAUUCGUUUAUACGUAGGGGGUUUAUACAUAAAGGUUUUAUUUAAUUUAAUAUUUUACAAAAUAUUGUACACUACGUUUUUAGGAUAUAAAACAAACAGCUAAACCAUAUUAUUCAACUUAUUCUACCCACAUACGGAUUGCCAUAGAGAAGAAUAGCCCACGUGCACCUUCUGCAUUGGCAGUCAUGGAUAGCCCAUGCCCUGUUGCCGUGGGUCUGCCUGGCCACACUAAUAGCACUGGAGGCACGUCUUCACCGACUUGUAACCAGAGCAUGAUAAAACUCGCCCCGUACUCUCCUGAAGCCACAGCAGCCUUUGCAACAGCCAUCACGUUGAUGAUGCUUAUUACAAUAGUAGGCAAUAUCCUGGUCAUCAUCGCUGUUUUAACAAGUCGCUCACUAAGAGGACCCCAGAAUCUUUUUUUGGUCUCCCUUGCUGCUGCAGACAUCUUGGUGGCCACCCUCAUCAUCCCCUUUUCCUUAGCAAAUGAACUGAUGGGCUACUGGUAUUUCCGCUCUGUGUGGUGUGAGAUCUACCUGGCGCUGGAUGUGUUGUUCUGCACUUCCUCUAUAGUGCAUCUGUGCGCCAUCAGUCUCGACCGCUACAUGUCUAUCUCACGUGCCGUCACGUACGGUCCCAAACGGACACCCAAACGAAUCAAGUGUGCCAUUUUGGUGGUGUGGUUGAUCUCGGCGGUAAUCUCAUUUCCACCAUUACUAUCUAUGAACAAGAAUAAAGGUGGUGGCGAGUCAGGCGCGCUGCCUCAGUGUCAGCUCAACGAUGAGCGCUGGUACAUUCUGUACUCUACUAUUGGGUCCUUCUUUGCUCCUUGUCUAAUUAUGAUCUUAGUCUACAUGCGGAUCUAUCAGAUCGCCAAGCAGCGCACUCGAUGUCCACCAGGGGAGCCCCGCAAAGAGGCCCCAACUAAUGCUGCAACCCCUCAGCACAAGAUCCAAAAUGGAAGAGGAGAUGAAACGCCUGGCGCACUUCAGAAAAAAGCCAGGCCUCCAACUCUGGCUGUGUCCCAAGUGGAGUCUGUCCAGCAGGCUGCAAACACCCCGAUCGCCAACAACCUUUUGCAAGCCCCUUCAACAACCUUGACACCAACCACCCCAUGCCCCUCACCGUCUCCUUCAAAUUCAUCUGAAGUGGCUCCCAGUAAAAGUAAAGAGGGGAAAAAGGAGAAGAAGAAGAACAACAAGAACAAGAACAAGAACAAGAACAAGAACAAGAAAGAGCCUGACAACAAUAAUGGAGAAAGCAUGAGCUCUGAUUCGGACACUGAGCAAGGUGGGAGGGGGUUAGAGGUCCCUUGCACGCCGACCAUGACCCCCAGUGGCAUCCAUUCUCCUGCCACCAUGCAGAAAUACAGAGACAUGAUCGCCACUGCUAAAGGUGCCAAGCUGGUGGCCCGGAAGGCCAAGCAAGAAGGAACGCCCAACUCUGCACGCCGCAAAGCAAUGGUGAACCGAGAGAAGCGAUUCACCUUUGUGUUGGCGGUAGUGAUUGGUGUCUUUGUCAUUUGCUGGUUCCCCUUCUUCUUCUCAUACAGCCUACAGGCUGUGUGCCCAGAUUCGUGUGCCCUGCCAGAGCCACUCUUCAAGUUCUUCUUCUGGAUCGGCUACUGCAACAGCUGCCUCAACCCGGUCAUCUACACCAUCUUCAACAAAGACUUCCGCAGAGCCUUCAAAAAGAUCCUCUGCAAGAACACCAAAGGCACAUUCUUCUGAAGCUCCUGAGGUGCAUCGUCUCCUCAGAUUUAUAAAAACACAAACACUUACAGCUAUUCAGAACACGAGCGUCAGAAAAAACACUAAAAGAAGCACAAUAAUGGUGUUGUUGUGAUGUAAACGAAGGGCUUUUUGUGCUGCCGGGUGUACCGAGGAGACCACGCGACUCAAAUGACUCUAUUCUGUCCAGGUUACCACCUCAGGCUUCAGACUCAAGGACUUGUGCUAUAAAUGAGGCUAAUCCAAAAAUAUUCAUGGACAUUGACAAAUCAAGGCUGGAAACAAAAGAACUUACGAGGACUAUGGCACACCUGCAAGGACAAGCCACAGGAUUUGGAGCUCAAUACAAAGGUUGCUGCAUUUUUUUCCCUCUCUUGUUUUUUUUUUGGUGUUAUUUCUCACCUUUCUAAAAGCCUUGGGGAUUUCUCUAAGGAUUUCAGAGGUACUCCAUUCAGAAUAUUUACGUACUGAUUUUUCAUGCUGAUCGGUCUACUUGAUGCCUACACAGCACUAUUUCUGAGGAACAAAGCUGAAAGACACAAAUUACUCUUUGUGGAAAUCCUUGCCAUGGGCAAUGUGUAUGAAACGAGCUGACGCAAGUUUCUCCGAUCGAACAUUAAGGCUUUUAGUUACAGAUCCCCCCUAGUGCAGGACCAUAGGGGAGGUUGCUUGCCAUGCUCUGAUGCAGAAAGGCUCUGUGAAUACAGAAUACUUGUUAUGGAUUGGACUGAUUGCUAAUAGACUUUGAAUUGAUAUAUGAUAUGAUAUGUUCGUUAUGUAUUAAUACAAAUGCUCUUUUUAAAAAAAAAUGAUGAUGAUGACUCUUUACGUUAUCAAAAAAAUGACUUUUAGAAUUCAGUGGCUGUGUCAGAUGACACAAACACCUCCUGAUUUCCCUGGAGGUGCUCUUUCUGACUCUCUCUUUGUAUAAAAGAACAAAUGAUAAUUAUUUGUUGGUGUACACUGAUCUACUGCACCCUAAAUGUGUGAACAUUCAGCAGGGUGAUACUUUGGGACUAAGGGCUGAUAGCAGUGAUGCUUUCCAUUUCUUUGAUCAUUGUCUUUUUGCUGAUGAUCCCCGUGAGUGUGUGCACGCACAGAGCAAAUAUUAUGAAUGGGUAUGUGUUGCGUCUGACUGCUAUGUAUGUCUGGAAAUGUAUGCUGUGUGUGAGAGGGUGUGCGAAUGUUGUUGUGUGAAUGUUUCUUUGCUUAAGGUGUGCGUGUUCACAUCCCUUCCUUGAUUCCACUGGCACUAGUUCAACUAUAUAUGUAUGUGCUUGAUAAAUGUGGCUGGUUUGCCAUAUCUGCCAGUGCUUAUUUCUCGUGCCAAUGCUUUGACAUGUUUUGCUGCUACUAAUUCAUUUAGUAUCUUUUAUUUUGUUUUUUUUAAACCAGAGUUUUAUUGCAAAAGAAUCUCUUGCAGUUCAUUUCGAGGCAAUUUGGAAAUGAGGCAUCUUAUGCUGAGAGCUGUAAAUUAUUACGUGAAUGAUUUUGUAUUUAUUUAUCUCGCUAUUUGCUGUUCCUCUGUUAUAUACAGUGCUCAGCAUCAUUUUGAAAAUUAAUCUAUUUUCAUCAAUUCCUCAGUGAAUAUAGGCAAUGUAUUUGGUGCAUUUAAACAAAACAGAUUUAUUAAACAGAUCUAUUUAUUUAAACAAUAUUUUUGUCACCAAACAUAUUUAGAAAUUGAAAGAUAAUACAAUUAAAUUCAAGCAAAAAAUAUAUAUAUAAAUAUAAAAUUUCAACUAUAUUUUUAAAAUUUCUUUGCUUCUUUUGAUUUAAAUUGGUAUUUAAUACUUUUCUUUUACAUAAAUUUGGGUGUGCUAGUUUUUGGACAGUUAUUUUGUUAGAUAAGCUCCAGAUUUGGCUUCAGCACUGACUAAUCUAAUGCAUAUGCACAAACAUAAUAUUCUAUAGCUUCCUAUUAAAAAUAUGAAUAUAAAAGAUAGAUUUGUGAGGGGUGUACUUUUAAAUGCUGAGCACUGUAUAUAUCUAUUUUUCCGACUUCCUUUAUUUUUAUUUCCCAAGGGGAAACAGACGUGAGGAGUUCAGCUUUAGCUACAACACAAUUAAAAAAAAACCUUCUACUGUACAAUAUUUGUGAUCUUUAUUUUUAUACAUGUGGCAAGACAUAUUGCAUACGGGCUGCGUUCUAAAAAGCUUUGCAAUUGACAGGAUCCUAGUAACUGUAUGCCUUUUGCCUCCUGGACUCUUCUUUCUUUAGUGUAAUGCUGUUGGUUUUCCACUGCUCUUUAAAAAUAAAACCGCUGAGCUGUGUGUGCCAACUGACUCAUUGCUGUUAGAGAAUAAGUAUGGAGCUCUAAGUACAGAUGAACAGAUCUUGACAGACGUCAUGCGUUGACCAUUUUGAAAGGGGAAAGGGCUUUAUGAAAACCAGUGAUGGCGAAUUUCCUUCUCCAAAAAGCAGCACUUUCUUGUUUUAAUGAAUCGAGCCAUCUGCAAACAUGUUGAAUGAACACAUUUUUUCCGGUAACACUUUAUUUUGAUGGUCCAUUUGAGUAUUAGUAGACUGUCUGCUUAAUAUCUGCUGAUACUGCUCCUUCAACAGACGUUUAACUGACUAUAAGAAACUUUGCAAGUACAUGCCAACUUACACAAAAUUAUUAUGUGAAUGAUUUUGUAUUUAUUUAUCUUGCUAUUUGCUGUUCCCCUGUUAUAUACAGUGCUCAGCAUCAUUUUGAAAUGAAUAUUUUUAUCCAUUUCCAGUGAAUAUUGGCGAUGUAUUUUGGUGCAUUUAAACAAAGCAGACUUAUUAAACA